GUUGCUGAGUGCCACGUUGAUGGAGACCAGUGGGGACGUGGAAAUCUGUCUUGAGUCCGUAGUCGGGACCCUGUAGCCUCUUCUGUUAUUACACCCUCUAAUCCCGAAGUGGAGCCGAACGAGGAACCUGUACAGUCGCAGGAGUAUUUGUCAACUAUUUUAUGUGUGUGUUCAUGUAAGAGGGAGCAAAGGAAGGAAGGAUGAAACUUAAGGAGAUUAACCGCACAGCCAUCCAGAGCUGGAGUCCUGCACAGCACCACCCCAUCUACCUUGCAACAGGAACAUCAGCCCAGCAGCUGGAUGCCUCCUUCAGCACCAAUGCCUCGCUGGAGUUUUUCGAGCUGGACUUGUCAGACCCAUCUCUGGACAUGAAGUCAUGUGGCAGCCUCGUCUCCUCUCACAGAUACCACAAACUGGUAUGGGGCCCCUAUGGGAUAGAUUCCCAAGGUAACCCAUCUGGGGUCCUUGUUGCCGGAGGCGAGAAUGGCAACGUCAUUCUGUACGACCCGGCAAAGAUCAUGGCUGGAGAGACCGACGUGAUCAUUGCAGAGAGUGACAAGCACACAGGGCCAGUCAGAGGUCUCGACGUCAACCCGUUCCAGACGAACCUGGUUGCAUCAGGUGGGAAUGAGUCUGAAAUCUAUAUCUGGGACAUGAAUAACUUUGGCUCUCCAAUGACACCAGGACCUAAAACUCAGCCUCUGGAGGACAUCAGCUGUGUGUCGUGGAACAGACAGGUCCAACAUAUCCUGGCCUCUGCCAGCCCGAGUGGCCGAGCCUCAGUGUGGGACCUCCGCAAGAACGACCUCAUUAUCAAAGUCAGCGACCACAGCAACAGAAUGCAUUGUUCCGGGCUGGCUUGGAACCCAGAAGUUGCCACUCAGCUGGUUUUGUCCUCGGAAGACGAUCGAAUGCCGGUUAUCCAGAUGUGGGACUUACGCUUUGCUUCCUCUCCUCUCAAGAUUUUAGAGAAUCACACACGGGGUGUCCUGUCCAUCGCCUGGAGUCUGGCUGAUCCUGAUCUGCUCCUGAGCUGCGGAAAGGACAACAGGAUUCUGUGCUGGAACCCAAACACAGCAGAGGUGCUGUACGAGUUGCCCACUAGCAGUCCGUGGUGCUUUGACAUCCAGUGGUGUCCCAGAAACCCCGCGGUGCUGUCGGCUGCAAGCUUCGACGGACACAUCGACAUCUAUUCCAUCAUGGGAGGAACCAACACGGCGCAGAGCCAGAGACGAGCUGACCAGAUUACCAACUCGUUUGGGAACAUGGAUCCUUUUGGCACAGGGCAAACUUUGCCCCCCCUGCAGCUGCCUCCUCCGGCUCCUGCUCCUCCAGCGACCAUCAACCCUCUGAAGAAGCCCCCCAAGUGGAUCCGCAGACCUGUUGGAGCCUCGUUUGCUUUUGGAGGUAAGCUGGUUUCUUUGGAGAACAGCAAGCCGAACCCACAGCAGCCUCAGCAGCGCUCCUCACACGUCGUACAUGUCAGCCAGGUCGUCAUAGAAACAGCAUUUUUGAAGCGCUCUGACCAGCUGCAGGCCACGCUGAGAGCAGGGAGCUUUGUGGAGUUCUGCCAGGAGAAGAUCGAUGGAGCUGAAAAUGAGUUUGAGAAGACUCUUUGGUCUUUCCUCAAGGCUAAUUUUGAAAGUGAUAUCCGCAGCAAGUACCUAGAACUCCUUGGGUACAACAAAGAGGAGCUCGCCUUAAAGAUUUCAGCAGCAUUAGAGGAAAAGCCUGCUGAGCCUCCACAGGUGGAGAUGCCCGCUCCAGUCAACCUGCAGUCUUUACCAGACCUCAGCCUUAUCCCUGCUGCUGAAACUCCAGAGGCAGCGUUCGACAUGAUUGCGGCUGCCGCAGUCCUGCCGCCCGUUGGCAACCCAGAAGAAGCAUUUGACAUGAUCGCUGCUGCAGUCGUGCCUCCCGCUGCCACUGCAUUUCUGCCACCUGUUGACAACCCAGAGGAAGCAUUUGACAUGAUCGCUGCUGCAGUCGUGCCUCCCGCUGCCACUGCAUUUCUGCCACCUGUUGACAUCCCAGAGGAAGCCUUUGACACGAUCGCUGCUGCAGUCGUGACUCCCGCUGCCACUGCAUUUCUGCCACCUGUUGACAUCCCAGAAGAAGCAUUUGACCUGAUUGCUGCUGCAGUCGUGCCUCCCGCUGCCACUGCAUUUCUGCCACCUGUUGACAACCCAGAGGAAGCCUUUGACAUGAUCGCCGCUGCUGCAGAUGUACCUCCCCCUGCCGCCUCAAUCGUGCCGCCUGCCGAAAUUCCAUUGGCAGCGUUCGACAUAUUCGCCGCCGGGGCAGAUGUACUUCCAGCUGACACCACAGUCAUGCCGCCUGCUGAAACUCCAGAGGCAGCCUUUGAUAUGAUUGCUAAUGCAGAUGUGUCGCUGGCUGAAAACCCAGAAGAAGUCUUUGACAUGGAUGCUGCUGCAGUUUUGCCGUCUGCUGACACUCCUGAAGCCGCCUUCGACAUGAUUGCAGCUGCAGUUGUGCCGCCUGCGGACCCCUUGGAGGCCUUUGACAUGAUCGCCGCUGCAGCAAAUCUUGAGCCUGCAGCCACGCUGGAACUGGACUCCGCUCCUGACCCUGAGACUGAAGAGCCAGCAGCGGAAGAUCUAGAAGUCGCUCCUGCCGGUGAAUCAGAAGAGAAUAUGGACCAGGUUCUCCCAGAGGAGGAGGCAGAGGAAGAAGAGAUCCCCUUGGACGAGGAGGAGGAGGCGGCACCAGUGGAGGAGGAACCCAGUCCUGCUGAGACCUUAGCUCCAGUCGAGGAGCCCGUUGAGGUUCCAGCUCCAGCUCUAGUGCCAGAUCCAGCUCCAACUCAGGCUCCUGCUCUGGCUCCAUCUCCAAUUCCAGCUGCAGCUCCAGUUCCCGUUCUAGCUCCCACUCCUGCUCCCACUCCUGCUCCCACUCCUGCUUCCACUCCUGCUCCUACUCCUGCUCCAGCUCCCACUCCAGCCCAAUCAGAAGGAGUCAGUCUCAGCAUCGGUCAAGAUGUGGACGGGCUGAUCACCCAGGCGCUGCUGACCGGAGACUUCGAGGGAGCUGUGGAGCUCUGUCUCCAUGACAACAGGAUGGCAGACAGUAUCAUCCUAGCCAUCGCCGGAGGAGCCGACCUCUUAGAGAAAACACAGAAGAAGUACUUUACCAAGAAACACAGCAAGAUAACCAAGCUGAUCAGUGCAGUGGUGCUGAAGGACUGGCACGACAUCCUGACCACGUGUGAGCUGCAGAACUGGAAGGAGGCUCUGGCUGCUGUCAUGACCUACGCUGAGCCCGAGAAAUUCUCUUCCCUCUGUGAUCUUCUCGGGGACAGACUGGAGGCAGGAGAGGACGCCCAGCUGCAGGCGCAGGCCUGUCUGUGUUACAUCUGUGCCGGAAACGUGGAAAAACUUGUUUCAUGCUGGACCAAGUCACAAGAUGGACACUGUCCACUCUCCCUCCAGGACUUGGUGGAGAAGGUGGUGGUGUUGCGUCGUGCCGUAGAGCAGACCCAGCGCUCUGGUCCCGCUGCUAUUGGCAUCCUGCUGGCUGAGAAGAUGAGUCAGUAUGCAAACCUGCUGGCUUCCCAGGGCAGUCUGACCACCGCCAUCACCUACCUGCCCGACAACACCAACCAGGUUUCCGUGCAGCAGCUUCGUGACCGCCUCAGUCGGGCUCUGGGGCAGCAAGCUGCGGCUCCUGCCGCUCCAGCAGCUCUGGUACAAACGCAGAAAGUUCAGUCCCAGCCUCCGGCCCCCACUCAACCUCAGCCCACCCUGCCCCGACCUCUGUUUACCCCGGUCCAACCUGCCAUGGUGCCUCAGCCCCGUGCAGCAGCCCCCCCUGUGGCCAUGCCAACGCCUGCUGCCUCCGCCCCAGCACAGCCGCAGUAUUACCAGCCGGUGAGGGCUGCCUCUACUGUCACCUCCUGGAGUAACCAAACUCCCACAGCCCUCCCCCAUCACCCUCCUCCUCCUUCUCAAGUAGGCAGGCCCUCAGAGCAGCAGGUGGAGCCUUCAAACCAAAUGUACGGGAUGCCACCGCCCGGCACGGACGCCCAACCUCCUGUCUCCUCCACUCCUGCUUACAUGUACUCACAUCAGUACCAGCCCUACCCCCAGGUCAACCAGUACCAUCCUGGAGCUGGGGGGGGGCCUGUCUAUCAGCCUCUGCAGUAUUCCUCUGCUGCCCCUCCAGCAGAGCCUGCCGGCUUUCUCUCUCACUACACACAGCCCACAUCCCCGGUCUAUCCCGGACCUCCUCCCAUCAGCCAGUGCCCGUCCUCCUCCUCUCCCUCAUAUCCUCCUUUCUAUCCAACAUCCUCCUCUUCCUCCUUUGCCGCUCCUCCAACCUCCGGAGCUUCUUUCCAGCAUGGCGGGCCAGGAUCUCCUGUGUCGUACAUGCCUCCUCCUCCUCCUCUUCAACAGGGCGGAGUCUCAGGUCCUCAGAAUGGCUGGAAUGACCCUCCUGCCCUGAACAGAGCAUCAAGGAAGAAGUCAAUUCCGACGAACUACACCCCUCCUACCCCCAUCACUGCUCCCAUCAUGGCUCCUCUGGGCGCUGACCCCCAGGCUCAGCCACUAUCAUCGGGGGCCCCUCAGGUUAUGGGUCAGGGCCAGCACGGGGCCCAGGUCCCGUACUCAGGCAUGCAGCAGCAGCAGCAGCAGCAGCAGCAGCAGCAGCAGCAGCAGUUCUCCCCUCCACCCAUGAACCCUGCCAUGCCUAAGACCAGUAUGGAGGGGGCCCCAGGAGCCCCAACUGGAGAUGUUAUACAGCCUCUGCAGUCCAUCCCUGCUGAGAAGAUCAUGAAGAAGCCCAUCCCUGAUGAGCACCUGAUCCUGAAGACCACCUUUGAGGGGCUCAUCCAGAAAUGCCUGGCUGUGGCUAUGGACCCUCAAACUAAGAGGAAGCUUGAUGAUGCCAACAAACGUCUGGAAGCCCUCUAUGAUAAACUCAGAGAGCAGACACUUUCUCCCGCCAUCGUUGGAGGACUUCAUAACAUCGCCCGGAGUGUAGAGUCCCGAUCCUACAUGGAGGGCCUGAACAUCCACACACACAUAGUCAGUAGCAGCAACUUCAGCGAGACGUCGGCGUUCAUGCCCGUGCUCAAGGUGGUGCUGACGCAAGCCAACAAACUGGGGGUGUGACGGGCAGAAACUCCUCCGAGUCUUUGACCCGUGCAAAAUGAAGAGAGAGCGGUCGGGCUCGUGUCACAGGGAGAUCCACCAUGACUCGGUGCAAAUGAUGGAAGAUUUGCGAGAAAGUCGUAUGGAAAUCCUGUUAAAUUCUUCUUUGUGCCAUUCAUGUUUUCUGACACAACUCAAACACAAGCCAUGCUAUCAGUCGCGCUCAGUGGUGAAAGUUAAUUCUGAGUCCUGUGCAAACACAAUCUCACAAUGAAUAAAGGGCUAGACACUAGUUAAAUUCAAAUUCGCCCUUAAUCUACCAACAUGCUAAAAAUUAAACUAGCUUUAAAUACAAACUUGUAGCAAAAUGAGAAAAGCGACAUUCAGGAAUUUUAAAGAUAUAUUUGAUCUACUUGUGUUGAGAUGUUUGAAAUAAAAGUAGUGUAUUUCAAGUUAAAUCUCAAUGAAUUUGGCAUUAACAGAAGCCUGCUGAUGAUAUAGAAGUGCGUGACCAAGCAAACCGCAAUCAAUUUAACAUAUUAGACUUUUAUUGUCUCACUAUAUUUGUGCACUACAAUAAUGCUCAGAUACUUUUAUAAUUCAUUAAACAUAGAUUUUAUGAACAAAAUCUUGCUUUGUUUUUAAAUAAAUGCAUCAUCGCCUGCAUGCAUUUUGCAACUGAUCUGCAGAUGAUGCAGUAAAUGGAAGAUAGAGACAGAAUGUGGAUUAAAUAUGAAUAAUGAGAAACAGGGCAUUAGAUUGAUUUUAAACCAGUAGUCCAACUCAGAGGCAUUUAAAGCAAGUUGUUUUUUUAAUGUACCUAACACGACUUUAGUUAGAGCUUUAAUCCCCUCUCUCUGCUUACACUGGCUCACUUUCACCACUGGUGUCACUGCAUACAACACAUUGGACCAAGAUAUUGUCGGGAUAUGUCACUGCAAAGCCAAGCAAUCCCAUUUCUUUAGGAUGUUUAAAUGUUUUAUUCAUGUUUUAGGUUUCUUUCAGUGUAAUCACGAGGCUCAGCAGAGUGCAAUGACCUUUUUUUUUUUUUUAAAGAGACUUUGCUUUUAUGGAAAUGUAAAGUAUGCAUGCUUAAACAAACGCUAACUGUCUUCUUUACUGGCUUUGGAGGUAAUUAACGGCUAAUUAAUUAGACCUGAGAAGGAAACUGGAAAGAGACUUGUACUUGGUUUUCAUUCCAACUAUGAUGAGGGCUCCAGUCUGAGGGGUCAACCUCAGCUAAUGUUGUUAAUAAAGGAGAACAAGUCUUUGUUUAAGAUUGACUACAUGCAAUAUUUUCAAUAAAUAGUAUUUAUUUACAAUAUGA